AUGAUAAGAACUCCAAUCAAAUAUGAUCAAAAUAUUAUCAUAUCAAUCGUUUAAUGUGUAACCAUUAUUAUACUCGAUAGUAUUUAAGUAAAUACAAAAAUUAAUUAUGGCAACAAUAUCAGAAGUAUUAAAAAUAAAAUCUGAAGAUGAAGAAGAACCAAAAAAAAAAUCUCGUGAAGACUGGAGAAAAGCUAAAGAAUUGGAAGAAGCGCGAAAAGCUGGAACAGCCCCAGCAGCUGUUGAUGAAGAAGGAAAAGAUAUUAAUCCACAUAUACCUCAAUAUAUAUCAUCUGCACCAUGGUAUUAUGGUACUGCUGGAGGUCCUACCCUUAAACAUCAACGUGUUCCAGAUAAACCACAAGAAUAUUCCAGUUUAAAUGAAUGGUAUAAAAGAGGUGUUAACACUGAAUCAAUAAGCACAAAGUUUCGAAAAGGUGCUUGUGAAAAUUGUGGUGCAAUGACACACACAAAAAAAGAUUGUUUUGAAAGGCCUCGAAAAAUAGGGGCUGCUUAUAAUAAUAUGAAUAUAGCCCCUGAUGAACAUGUUCAACCAGUGCUUAAUCAAGAUUUUGAUGGUAAACGUGAUCGUUGGGCAGGAUAUGAUCCAGCACAGCAUAAAACUAUAAUUGAACAAUAUCAAAAAAUUGAAGAAGCCAAACGAGAACUUCGUGCACAAAAACUAAAUGAUGAUGAAAAAGAAGGUAAUAGUUCUGCUGGUGAAGAUGAUGAAGAUAAAUAUGUAGAUGAUUUUGAUAUGCCUGGAACUAAAGUGGACAGCAAACAACGUAUUACUGUAAGAAAUUUGAGAAUAAGAGAAGAUACUGCAAAGUAUCUUAGAAAUUUAGAUUUGUCUUCAGCAUAUUAUGAUCCUAAAACUCGAGCUAUGAGAGAUAACCCUCAUAAGCCUGGAGAAGAUCCUGAUCAAGUGGAAUAUGCAGGUGAAAAUUUUGUGCGAUACUCUGGUGAUACUACAAAACAUGCCCAAGCUCAAUUAUUUGCAUGGGAAGCAUAUGAACGAGGUGUUGAUGUUCAUCUUUUAGCAGAACCUACAAAAUUAGAACAGCUUAAAAAAGAAUAUGAAACUCAUAAAGAUCGUUUCAAAAAAAAAACUGAAAAUACAGUUUUAGCAAAAUAUGGAGGAGAAGAGCACAUGCAAACUCCUCCAAUACAGCUCUUAUUAGCUCAAACCGAAGAGUAUGUAGAAUAUUCGAGAAGAGGCGAUGUUAUAAAGGGAGAAAAUAAAGGGGUUGUACGUUCCCGUUAUGAAGAAGAUGUGUAUCCAACCAAUCAUUUAUCUGUUUGGGGAUCAUUUUGGGAAUCAGGAGAAUGGGGCUAUAAAUGUUGUCGAUCCCUUGUACAAAACUCAUAUUGUACUGGUAAAGCUGGUAUUGAGUUAUCUAAAAUUAUACCUGAAUUAGGAAAAAUAGUACCCAUAGUUGAAAAUCAUAUUCCAAAAUUGAAUGAUUCUGAAAAUAAGUUAUCGUCUAUUGAUUUAUCAUCACAACCUUCAGCUUCUAAUUCAUCAUCAACAGCAUCUGAAUCAGAAAGAAAAAAAUCUAAAGAAAAACAUAAAAAGAAUAAGAAGGAUAAAAAAAAGAAGUCUAAAAAAGAAAUGAAAGAUGUAUUAAAAAAAGCUUUAGAAAAAGAAGAAGAACGCUUAAAAGAAGUUGAUAGAAUAAUGAAAAUGGAUGAGAGAAAAAGACCAUACAAUAGUAUGUAUGAAGUAUCUAAACCCACUGAAGAAGAAAUCGAAGCCUACCAUAUGAAAAAGCGAAGAGAUGACGAUCCUAUGGCUAAUUUUGUAUGAAAUGUAUCUCUAAUAAUAAUGUAAUGAUGAUAAUAAUAAUAAUAAUUUACAUGUUUUUAA